AUGGACCUGGUUCGCCGCAAUGCCACGGAAGCCGACUUGGCGGCACAGAACUCUUUCAAACUGUAUCACUAUGACCCUACGAUUGUGGGCGCUGUCAUUUUCAUUCUCCUAUUCCUGGGAAGCUCGCUCUUUCAUUUUUGGCAACUAGUACGAGCUAGAUGUUGGUUCCUACUCCCUCUGGCCAUAGGUGGUAUAAUGCAGGUGACUGGAUAUGCGGCGCGUGCCAAGUCUGGUAAUGAAAGUCCCGACUACACCCUGGGUCCGUACAUCAUGCAAGCGAUUCUGCUGCUCGUGGCACCAGCUUUGUACGCUGCCACCAUCUACAUGGAACUUGGCAGAAUCAUUACUGUCAUUGAUGGAGAAGGCCAUGCGUUGAUCAGAAAAGAAUGGAUGACCAAAAUUUUCGUCACGGGGGAUGUUCUAUCCUUCAUUCUACAAGGAGGAGGGGGCGGUUACCAAGCUUCCGGAACCCUAGAUGCGUUGAACAGCGGCGCUAAGAUCAUCAUUGUCGGGCUUUUUGUACAGCUCAUCUGCUUCGGGUUCUUCGUCGUCAUCGCCGUGGCGUUUCAUUAUUCCAUCAACAGCGCUCCCACCGGUCGAUCAAACAGUAGUAUUCCCUGGCGAAAGCACAUGAUGGCGUUAUACCUUGGAAGUUUUCUGGUCAUGGUCCGUUCAAUCUUCCGUGCCGCCGAGUACCUCCAAGGCUUUGACGGUUACCUCCUCAGCCACGAGGCAUACUUAUACAUCUUUGAUGCGUUACUCAUGUUUCUCGUCAUGGUAUUGUUCAACAUUAUACACCCAUCUGAAAUCGUCGCAAUUCUUGCUGGAGGUGGAUACGUCCAUGAGUUGAAGAUGGACACCCUGCCUCGGCACCGUCACGAGCGACUGGGUUAA